AUGCGGCACUCGGGGCUCCCCACAGAUGGGGAAGGGAACGCGGGGCUACUCCCCGCACCCUACGACCGCUUCAUGCGCAGCCACCUGCGCUACUUCGGCUACUUCCAAGGCCAGGAGUCGUGUGGGCAGAAGAGCCUGGUGUUCCCAGGGAACCCCAUCGAGGAGCCCCCCGCGGGUCCUAGGCAGGAGCUGAGUUCCCCUGGGACUCCAGAUCUGUCCCUAUGCUGCAGCACUCUGCUCCCUUCAGCACGGCACUGCGGGUCGCCGGGGCAGCUGCGCACCCUCUUCACCCUCCCCUCAGCCCAGGGUCCCCUGCCCGCUUCGAACCUCCAGCGAGCCGUCGUGGUGGGCCCCUUUGAGUAUGUGCUGAGACUGCGGCUGGACCUCUAUACCGCUAAGCACACACGGUGAUAUUUUCGCAUCCAAAACACCCAGAAAGAUCAACUCUAUCGCUUCACCAUCGCCUACCUGGUCAAGCUAAAGAGCCUCUACGGCGAGGGCAUGCAGCCGCUGUUCUACUCCCAGUGGGAUGCACACAUUGGCUGGCACCAGGUUGGGGCCAACAUCUGCUACUACCCGGGCAGUGGUGGUGAGGAGAUAGCUGUUUUCUGCCUCUCCUGGACGUCGCACUUCCCACACGAUGCCGAAACCUGUUUCUUCGCCCACUUCUACCCCUACACCUACUCCAACCUGCAGCGCUACCUGCGGGCUCUGGCAUGUGACCCGGAGUGCUCCUGGUACUGUGCGGUGCGGGUGCUGUGCCGCAGCCUCGGGAACACCGUCUUCCUGCUGACCAUCACCAGGCCCAGCGGUGUGGCCGGCAAACGGGCAGUGGUGCUGAGUGCCUGUGCGUAUCCUGGUGAGAGCAGCGGCUCCUGAGCCAUGCGGGGAUUCCUGGAUUUCCUGCUCAGCGCCCAUGCUGAUGCCAGGCUCCUGCGCCAGCUCUUCGUCUUCAAGGUGGUGCCUGUGUUCAAUCCCGAUGGGGUGCUGGUGGGCAAUUGCCACUACUCCCUGGCUGGCCGCGAUCCCAACCAGGCUUAUGGGAUGGCGGACAGUAGCUCCUUCCCCGGUGUGUGGCACCUGUGGGCCAUGGUGGAGAGAUUGCUGGCGGAGCAGGAGGUGGUGCUGUACUGCAUCUUCCACAAACACAGCUGGAAGAACAACGUCUUCAUUUACGGUUGUGAUGGCAGUGGGGUUGGCACAGGGCUGUGGCUGCCCCAGCACAUCUUCAUGCUGAGCAAAAAGGCUCCUGCCAAGUUCUCCUUCCCCAGCUGCAAGUUCCAGGUGCAGAGGAGCAAGGCGGCAACGGGCAGGGGUGUCCUGUGGCACCUGGGCAUCUCCAAUAGCUACACCAUGGAAGUGGCCUUUGGUGGCUCCACACUGGGUGCCACCACUUUUGGAGCGGGAAGGACAGAGAAGAUACAGCUGAAGCAACAGAGGAGGAAGCGGCUGCUGAGCAGGAGAGCAAGGAAUGUCCUGCACCGGAUAAAUGCUGUCCACCAGAGCUAUGCCGGUGUCCUGGCCAGGCCAGGCCAGGCUCCUCCAGCCCCUGCAGGCAGCCAGCUCCUCCUGGGAGCCCGAGGGUAG